AGAGGCUUGAUAGUACUAGCGAAACAACCGGACUCAUCAGAGUCAAGCGUUUUACAGCGAGACUCGCCUGAAAAAGCAACGGCUGUGAUAAUUCGCAUUAAAGUUUUCGGAAAGGUGAGCUCCGCAUGAACGCAUGGUGGAAGAUGUGCAAACCCGAAACUGCGAAGGAGGUGCGAUUUCAUAAAAGAAACGAGGAGUUUCUGCACGCGUUUCGCUCUGUUUUUACGCACACAAAAAAGAAUUUGAAUGCAGCUGCAGCGCGGUAUCGAGAGUAGAUCAGGGGAUUGCCGAGAAAACGAUGUGGGUGGCGUCUCGGACUUCGACGCUCAAAGUAGGCAUGGGAGGCAGAACCGACUGUGUCACUUCUUCCCGAGUUUGUAGACAAUUUGCAGUGUUUCAUAGCCCUUUCGAUAUAAGCCAAUGCGGGGAAGAGUCGACGUAGAUAGCAUGGCCGAAAGGGAGUCCGCCACGAGCAGAACAGGCGAAAACGCCUCAUAAGAGUCGGUUUUCAGUACGUCGCCUGCUGGGAAGAGAAAACGUUUAAGAACACGGCGACAGCCGCUUCGUUUUUUGCCUUCCCUUCUCUCUGUGGGUCUACUUUACAAAUGUCGGUCAGAAAUACGGUAGAAGUGAACGAAUGGCCCGACACCUACAACCUCCCGAUACCCAUUCUUGUGUGCAUGUCGUCAACAGGUAGUUUAUCGUUCCAGAUAUUUGAUUUCGACCAUCACUGGGGGCACAUCGUCUAUCAACUUUAACACCAUUUUCUUCUAACGUCACCAAAUAAACAAAUGUAUGUUUUGUCGUGGUCUGUGUCUAGAGCCACAAUAUGUUACUGCCGUCGCUUCCGUGUGUUCCUUCUCCAAGCAGUCUGGUGUUUUUCUCGCCAUCCACGAGUCACUUCCCGCCCUCGAGAGGAUGUUUUUCCCCAAAACCCCCGAUGUGACCGUCUGACGGCAAGAACUCCGAAGCAAAGUCUUCUUUCUCGCCCACGCAGAGAGCCGCAGUUUCUCGCUGAGAAAAGUGCCUGUGUGUCUACAGGCGGACGGGGAAGCGAGCACCGCAAGCAUGCGCGCGCUUUUCCUCAGCCAAGAGAGCGACGGUUUCCUUUCGCCUCUCUGCUUUCUGCCGGGCUCUCCCUCGUCUUCUUUCCCUCACAUCCUUCAGAAACGCCAACCGUUUCUUUCUCUCUUUCUUUUCGCAAAAACCUCCCAGAGUCGUGGACGCUCCCUCUCCGUCACAGCCUCCCGCAAGAACUUCUGUGGGGUGUCUCGACAGCUCCGUUCAAGCUGUCCUUCGUCGUUUCUUCGUGUGCUCUCUCGGUUGUCUUUCUUCGCCGCUUCUGCGUCCUUCCUUGAUAACGAACCACGAGAUAUCUCGGCGUCACCUGAGUGCCGGAAAAUGGCGGAGCAAAGCAAAGUGAAGGACCUCACUCUCAGCGCCUUUGGGCGCAAAGAGAUCGAACUCGCUGAAGGCGAAAUGCCCGGCCUGAUGGCUUUGCGCAAGGAAUUCGGACCCCGCCAGCCGCUCAAGGGGGCGAAGAUCAGCGGCUCUCUUCACAUGACUGUUCAGACAGCCGUGCUGAUCGAAACUCUCAAAGCGCUCGGCGCGGAACUCAGAUGGUGCUCCUGCAACAUCUUCUCCACGCAAGAUCACGCAGCUGCCGCAAUCGUCAAAAACAACUCCGCCGCCGUCUUCGCCUGGAAAGGAGAGACGCUCGAGGAGUACUGGUGGUGCACCGUGAUGGCGCUGACCUGGGGGGAAGGCGCCGGGCCGGACUUGUUGGUGGACGACGGCGGGGACGCGACGCUGUUGAUUCACGAAGGCGUGAAGGCGGAGAAGGAGUUUGCGCGGUCGGGAGCACUCCCAGAUCCUGCUGCGACAGACAACUUGGAGAUGAAGGUUGUGUACAAGAUCCUGGCGGAGGGCCUCCAGAAAGAUCCACAGAAAUGGUCGCGGAUGGCCGCGAACCUGAAGGGUGUGUCGGAGGAGACGACGACCGGCGUCCACCGCUUGCUCCAGAUGGCGAAGAAGAAGGAACUGCUGUUCCCGGCGAUCAACGUGAACGACUGCGUGACGAAGAGCAAGUUCGACAACGUCUACGGCUGCAGACACUCGCUGCCGGACGGCAUCAUGCGCGCGACCGAUGUGAUGCUCGGCGGCAAGCGCGUCGUCAUUUGCGGCUUCGGAGAUGUGGGCAAAGGCUGCGCUGCAGCGAUGAAGGGUGCAGGCGCCCGAGUCGUCGUCACGGAAGUCGAUCCGAUCUGCGCACUGCAGGCUGCGAUGGAAGGGUACAGCGUGUCAACGCUCGAGAGCCAGCUGGCGACGGCAGACAUCUUCAUCUCGGCGACGGGGAACAAGGACAUCAUCACGGCGCGACAUAUGAGUCAGAUGAAGAACAACGCAAUCGUCGGGAACAUUGGACACUUUGACAACGAAGUGGACAUGGCCGGUCUGCUCGCUUGGCCAGGCAUCCAGAAAGUGAACAUCAAGCCGCAAGUCGACCGCUUCAUCUUUCCUGAAGACAACCACGGCGUGAUCGUCCUCGCCGAAGGGCGCCUCCUGAACCUCGGCUGCGCGACCGGCCAUCCGUCCUUCGUCAUGUCGUGCUCCUUCACGAAUCAGACGCUCGCGCAACUCGACUUGUGGGAUAACGUCGCUACGAAGCGGUACCAGAACGACGUGUAUCUCCUCCCGAAGGAACUCGACGAGAAGGUCGCUCGUCUCCACCUGCCUGCGCUCGGUUGCGAACUCACCACGAUGUCUCAGGAACAGGCUGCGUACGUCGGCAUCAAGCCUGAGGGACCGUACAAGUCUGCCUCGUACCGCUACUGAGCAGGUCCGCUGAGAGUGGGGAACUGACCGGCCGGCGGACACAAGACCGAGAAGCGAACGCGCGCACAACGGUCCGACAGCGACCGCUCAUAUUUGUGAACUGCUCUGGGAUGCGGCGGGCGCGCCGGACGCAGCCUGCGACUGGCUUGUCAGGACUCACUCCACUUUCUGUUAUUCGUCGAGAAGAACCGCGAAGAUCCGAAAGAAAAAGUCACGAUUCGAAACACCCUCGGGGGGACGUUCGACACAGAAGUCUUGCUGUUUUGUCGUCACGCCCUCUCCGACAACCUCCGGCGUACCUCCCCGCAGCUUUUGCAGCGACACUCGAAACGUUGCGUCUUCGUUCUUCUCUCGCGGCCUCGCUGUCUGCAGACCUACUGUUUGCAGAGAGGAGACCAACGGUUUUUCUGCUCUCGCGGAGACAAUGUGCACUUUUGUGCUAGUGUGGUAGAGUCACAAUUCGACAGGGAACUGGAUUAUAAACUUUUUCGACCGCG